AUGCCACCACCGCUCUCUCUCCUUCGUCCUCACGACGUUUCGUCGGGGUCUCUCGCCGUCGCUCUCUAUGCUCUCCUCCACCAUUUUCCCCGGACAUUUCCUCCUCCUCCUCCUGCUUCCCCGUCCGGACACUCGAAGGCCUCCCUGAUGGAUCCAUUGGAAAUGCAGGACGACUCAAAGAAAUCCAAUAAGCCCAAAUAUUCUAAGUUUACGCAGCAGGAGCUUCCAGCAUGCAAACCACUGCUAACUCCAGCAAUUGUCAUUUCUACCUUCUUACUGGUUGGCAUCCUAUUUGUCCCAAUUGGUCUGGCAUCGCUUUCUGCGUCACAAGAGAUUGUGGAGCUGGUACAUAGAUAUGAUACAAAUUGUGUGCCCUUGGCUGAUAAAGUUGGGUUCAUUCAGGACACUAAGACAGACAAAUCAUGCACAAGAACUCUAACUGUGCCUAAGCAUAUGAAGAACCCAAUUCAAAUAUAUUACCAGAUCGGUGACUUCUAUCAAAACCAUCGACGGUACGUGAAAAGUCGCAGUGAUAAACAAUUGCGGUAUAAAGAUGCUGCACACUUGACAAAAGAUUGUGAGCCUGAAGUUUAUGGUGCUGAUGGUGCUCCAAUCGUUCCAUGUGGUCUCGUUGCUUGGAGUUUGUUCAAUGAUACAUAUACAAUUUCGGUCAACAAGAAAGCUAUUGAAGUGAAUAAAAAGGAUAUAGCUUGGCAGAGUGACAAAAACAAAAAAUUUGGCAGUGAUGUUUAUCCCAGAAACUUUCAGAACGGAAAUCUUAUAGGUGGUGCUAAGCUAAAUGAGAGCAUACCAUUAAGUGAGCAAGAGGAUCUCAUUGUUUGGAUGAGAACUGCUGCCCUCCCAACUUUCAGAAAGCUCUAUGGAAGAAUUGAGACAGAUAUUAUGGAAAAUGAUCAACUCACAGUGGUUAUACAGAACAACUAUAACACAUACAGUUUUGGAGGGUCAAAAGCACUGGUCCUUUCAACUACAUCUUGGAUUGGAGGCAAAAAUAAUUUUAUUGGUGUCGCAUAUCUGACUGUUGGUGGUUUUUGCCUUUUCCUUGCACUGUUUUUUGUAGUUCUCUACAUGAUUAAGCCAAGGACUCUUGGAGACCCCUCAUUCUUGUCAUGGAAUAGGUGUACCCUGGACUAUCCAAACUAA